CUUGGAUUAGGUGGCCCUCCGUGGGAUUACCUUGACCCCUUGCAAUCAUCGCCGAAGCUAGGAUAUUCCCAACUUGCCGAGGUAUCUCUACGUGCGGGUUUGCAGCAGUCGGAGAUGACAUUGAUAUGCCCCCAAUAACUCCUCGCUGCCAGCUCCCCCUAUACGCAGUCGGGGUCCAUCGAUUUAAUGCUAUUGACAGAAAUAUUCAACCCUAACUUUACUAUAUAUAUCGUAUACCAAUCCUCUCAACCUCAUCCCUCCUCGGAAAAGGUCGUUCUACGCAAGGACACAAAAUGCCUUCAUCAGCGCCCUCCGGCGCAAAUCAAAUGCAAAACGAGGUCAUUUCGCAGCACAAACCUGAGAUAUCGUUGAAAGACCGCUUUUUCCGCUACUUUCAACAUGAGAUUACAGCUCUUCAGGAGCAAAUGGACCGUCUAGGUGACACUGCGCUAAUUGGAGGGGAGCGCACGGAUGCUAUAGAUCAUUGCUUAGCUGGGAUUGCUCGACUAUCAAGCGAGGUUAAGGAUGCGUCAGCCUCCAUUCCCCCAUAUGACCAGCGGAUAUAUGCCAAUGCGAUCAAAGCUCUCCAAGACAAGCUCGCAGAAGCACGAGCAAGCUUUGCGCCGCGAUCUAAGUUUUCCUUCAAAACCGCGCGCAAGAACCCGUCUGCGAUAUCCUUGGCAGAUGCUGCCGAGAUAGCAGCUCAGGGUCGUCGACACAUUCCUGGUUACCGAUCCAAUGAUAACUCGAUGCAGUCGUCUGCCAGCCCGUCGCCGAUAUUAUGUUCAACUUCCAUGAAUGAUCGCCUGCCCUCUCCCCAACAAGAAGCUUCAGCUCCGCUUGAGGCCCCCGAAGAAUUACAAAAGAGUGACACCGAUAAGCCCAGCAGCUCCGCUUCUGGGGCCUCGUCCGUUUCUGUCAGUUCCCAUACCGGUGUUCAUAUAGUGUUACCGACGUCUGCAUCACAUGCCACUGUGCCUGCAUCGAUAAUGUCGUUACAUCACUGCGUUGUGGACAUGACAGUUCCCACGGCGGAUGGGCGACCAUUUGCUGGCCUUGUAAUAAAGGGGGUUACCGAAAGCCUUCUCCUCUGCGGACAAGUGGAUGGCCCGGCGCAUAUUACUGGAGUCAAGCACAGCACUAUAGUGGUUUCCUGCCACCAAUUCCGAAUGCACGAUUGCGUCGAUGUGGAUGUCUACCUAAGCUGUUCUAGCAGACCAAUCAUUGAGGACUGCAGCAAUAUCCGAUUUGGCAAUAUUCCCGAAAUUUAUGCCCCGAAAUCCGUAGAUAGCACCCAGCCAAACCUCUGGGAUCAGGUGCAGGAUUUCAAGUGGAUCAAAGUGGAACAGAGCCCCAAUUGGAGUAUCAUAAAUGAAUGCGAAAGAGUCCCACAUGAUGUGUGGGAAAACACUGUUCCAGGUGGACCAGGAGCAUCAGUGGACACCAUUUUAAAGUCUGUAAAGGUGAUCUUAUCUUGAAGUUACGUACCCAUGUGCUUUUGCGCGAAAGUGCCACCAUUUUCCCGAAAUGUGGACCUUUUAUUUAUUACCUGUCACGGAAUACAACGACUGGACCAU